UUCAGUUCACAGUUAACACUUACCAUAAUCGGGCACAAUGAUUUUCCAUCACAAAAUUACGUUUCUUCUUCUGGCGGUCGCAGUUGUUGUUUCAUCAAAUAAAUUUUUUGAUUCAAUUAAUCCAUCAUCCGGUGAAGUUACAUUUAAUAUGAGAAAUAUUAACGACGAUAAAAAUGGAAGAGGAAUAAUAGCAAAGACCAAGUUUGAGGAGCGACGGAGUUUUUUCCACCUUUUCAACGUUCCAUAUAUCGUUUGUUUUUUUGCUGCAAAAGGAAAAUGGCCGUUUUUCCCUAAUUUUAUGCAAGUUCAAGUAGACCAAGUUGGACGGUCUAUUUUUCCGCAGAGUGAUAGUUUUAUAAGGAAUUAUUGUCAGAAGUGGAUACAAAUUAAGGAAUGCUUCCGUCCUCAUAAUAUAGUUUCAUAUCCUGAUGCACCACCGCCACCAACUACAGAGCCACCAGCUCCCAUUAAUACCGAAGUUGAAACAAUCGCAACAGAUCCUCCAACAACAGUUUGUUCAUGUGCUCAACGGGCUAUAGAACAAUUCAGACCUGCUCCGGUGGUGUUCUUCGAUAAAAAUUACAUUGGAAAUGUUAGCGCAGAAACGAUUAGGAACACAAUUGAAUUCUUGGAAAGUUUCCUACCACCACCAACUAAAAAGCCCAAGAGAAAGCUCAAGAUACGGGAGCGUAUUUUAAUGGAAUAAAUCAAACAAUUUAUAAAAACAAAUAUUCAAAUAAAUUUAAUAACUUUAAAACUCAUCAAUUAG